AUGACCAGUUCGCCUACAUGGGUCGAAGAUCUGAAUAUGCAAGUUAUCAGACGUGCGUAUCUACAAUCCCACGGGGAAAGUGUCCGGAAUAUCCGCCACGCCUUCCAAGGCCAAGGAGACAUUGUACAACCAACGGGGCUCGACGGGCCAAGACCGGGUAUAAGCCAGCUUACCCCGUUUUUUCACAGUUUGACAACUUGA